UGCAAACACGUACACUAGAAAUUUUAUCCAUAAUCGUUCUUAAGAAGUUAGAAAAAAAAAAUGAAGUUUCCCGUUACUAGCAUUUUGGUUAGAGUGCUAGCUCUAACCAUGCUCAUCUUGGCUCUAAGCCAUGUGGGUCAGUCUAAAGGUUCAGGUUGGAAACAAGGAGGUUCAAAAUCGAGUCAUGGUCAUAAAUCCUAUGGUUCUACUCAUGGGCAAAAGAGCCAUGGUUCCAAGGGUCGACAUGUGGGUCGUGGAAAUAACAAGCCCCCUAAAAAUAUUCCUACCCCAAUCACUCCAAGUCCGCCUCUUAGCCCUCCUUCGAGUCCUCCUACCCCUACUAGACCUUCGGGUUUGCAGGUCGGCUUUUAUAAAGGUCUAUGCCCUAACAAACUAGUGGAUAUUGAGGCAGUGCUUGAAAUCAAAGUACAAGAACAUUUCCGAAAGGAUCCAACUAUUCUUCCUGCCAUCCUUCGUAUGCAAUUUCAUGAUUGUUUCGUACAUGGAUGUGACGCAUCAAUCCUUAUAAAUGGACUUUCUACGGAGAAAACAGCUGGUCCCAACCUUAGCGUAAGAGGAUAUGAAUUAAUUGAUGCCAUGAAAGCUAUAGCCGAAGCACAAUGUCCAGGAGUUGUUUCGUGUGCUGACAUUAUUGCUAUUGCUACUAAGGAGCUUAUCAAACUGGGAGGUGGGCCAAACUAUUCGGUACAAACCGGACGAAGAGAUGGACUAGUGUCAAGAGCCCAAGAUGUUAACCUUCCGAGCCCAUUUUUGACAGUUAGUGAAACUAUUUCAGCAUUCAGCGCUAAAAGAUUUACAACAGAAGAGAUGGUUAUUCUUUUAGGUUGCCACACAGUUGGUGUCUCAAGCUGUGCAUUCUUUCAAGAUAGACUUUACCAAGGUACUACCCAAUUUGACCCAAUUAUGGACCCAACUCUUCGCCAACAACUUAUGCCAACAUGCCCUAAGGGCAUAACAGCGAACAAUUCCACAUUUCUUGACCAAAAUCCACGAAGCUCAAAUAUAGUCGACAACUCUUUCUUUAAUCAAAUACAAAAGCAAAGAGGAAUUCUCCCAAUCGACCAAGCAUUGGCUCGUGAUCCUAAAACUAUUCCCUUUGUUCAACAAUUCGCGCAAAGUGCUUCCUUAUUCAACACUAAAUUGGCUAAUGCCAUGGUGAAAUUGCAAGCUCUUGAUGUACUAACAGGCAACCAAGGAGAAAUUAGAAAAACGUGCAGUAGGUUCAACUAAUUUAUUUCAAAGUUGCUUCUGAUAGUGAAAUUUGAUAGAUGAAUUGAAGGCUGCAUCAUAUCAAACCCUACGUUGAGAAGUUGUUGAGUUUUUUUUUUUACACUAUAGAUUUUUUUUAUCAUUACAAAUGCUUUUAAAUGUAAUUAUAUGUUCCCUUUCUUAGCCAAUGAUCAUUCAGAUUUUAAUUUAUUUAGUAUCAAGUAAUUUUCAUUCUAAAAUACUCCAAUGCAAGUUGUUUGAAUUUUUAAAAAAGUAUUAUUAAAGUUGCACUUGAUUGCAAUGCAAAUAGAAAUAGAAUCAAGCAUUCCUUAUUUUCAUAUCUUAACUCAAAAAAAAAAAAAAAAAAAAUUAUACUUGGAUUUCAACCAAUAGUUUAAGCUUUUAGUUAGUUUUGAUGCAAAUUACCAUA